AUGCUUUGUCCUCUAGAUAUUCCUGGAAAGAAUGAAAAGUUUCAGUACAAAGAUACAGGAAAGCUGUCUUCUCCUCCUAUGGCCCUGAUCAAGGACACAGCAUAUUUUCAUAUCUCUCGUCUAUAUCCACUAACCGCAAAGGAAGUAUCGUUCAACUCAGGAAUGCCUCCCCUUGGUGCAGGAUAG